AUGUCCAAGCGAAAGUCAAAUGAUGACCAUAGUGUCGCGUUAAGUACAGUCGGCUCGGAAACGGAUUCAAGUACCGUACCAUCAGACGCCCCAACGUCUGCGUUGCUGUCGGUUUACGCUACAGAACUAGUCAAUCAGAGCUUCAACAUUUGCCAAGACAUUCGGAGGGCCAAGAAAGCGAAUUCCGGUGCUCAAAUGGAUGACACCGUAUCGCAGCAGGACCCACAAGCUCUUACGGCAACGCCAGCAGAUCCCGAAAAGAAGCAGACGAAAUCGAAAAAACAUCGAAAGAAUGCUCUCGAAAACUUCAAAAACUUCUUUCUCGACGCUCAGUUCAAUCCCUUCGAUGAAACCAUGAGGGCACCAUUUGUCGCGAUACCAAAAGGAGUGGCGCGUAUGAAAAAA